UUUGGCUCAAGACCGAUAUCCUACUUGGAUAGGCGGCAGGCAUCAUGGGCAACAGCGUGGGCAGCAGGGAGGCCACCGGCGCAGAGCUGGCAGAAGGCUUAAGCCUGGCAGGGCGGCCGCUUCAGCCGCCGAACUUCGUGAACACGGGCUGGAAAGUGGGGCAGAAGUUCACCGCAGAGGACGAUCCUGAUCGUACAUCUCUGCCCUGGGCCGCGCCCAGCUUCAUCUCCAGGAAGGAUCCGACCUCGCAGAAAACCUGGGCAGAGGAGCUGCCAAUCUCCAGCAAGACGGGCUUCGCCCGUCUUGUGCACGGCGCGCUUGAUGAGGAGGAUUGCGCCGAGCUUGUGCAGUGCAUCAACCAGAAAGGCUUCACGCCGGCGCUUCUGAACAUCGGCGGUGGGCGGCAGCGCUUAGAACCCGAGGCACGAGAUGGAUGGCGAGCCAUUGUGGACUGUGAGGAGCUGGGCGGGUGGCUUCUGGAAGCGCUGCGGCCCCACCUGCCUGAGAUCCACCAAGAUCGCCGGCUGGUGGACCUGAACGGGCGCUGCCGCAUUUUGUGCUACACGCCGGGGCAGGAGUUCGGUCCCCACUAUGAUGCCACCUACACGCGUCCGCGACCGGAUCCACGCGCUGGCGACUGCUCGCUGAUCACAGUGCAGCUGUACCUCCACGACGUGCCAGAAGGCAGUGGCGGUGAGACAGCGUUCCUGGGCAGACGUGGCGAGGAAGAUGUAGCUUGCCAACCUCGCGUCGGCAGCGUGCUGAUCUUCACGCAGAAUUUGCUUCACGCAGGAUGCCUGCUGAAGAAGGGUCUCAAGUACACACUGCGUACGGAGGCAAUGUACAGGCGCAUGACCGCAUGAUACAGACAGAUGGACAGCGCUAGCCUGCGCGUCCCAUCGCCCAGCGUUUUGUCCUUGCUUGACCCCUAGGGAGUGUACAGUUGGCAAGGUAGACCAA